GCAUCCCCCGACUCCGCCGCCGCCGCCGCGAUGAUGCAGUCGCACCUCCCCUCCCCGGCGCGGCUGGGGCUGACCGCCUCGUCGCCGUCGCUCCCGCCGAACCCGGCGGUGGUGAAUCCCACCUCCUCCCCGCCACACGGAAACCCUAGCGCGAGCGCUGGCGCGGGGGCGGGGGCGGGGGCGGGCGCUGCGGCUGCCCCAACCCUAACCACCUCGCCGUCGCUGCUGCCGCUCCUGCCGCCGCUCCCGCGGGCGCAGUCGCUCCUCCAGCUGAUCUCCACGCUCGCCUCCAACCUCUUCGAGCUCUCGCCCAACCGCGCCGCGUGGAUCUCCGCGUAUCGGGGGUCGCUCCCCACUUUCCUCCCCUCCUCGUCCUCCGCGCCGCCGCCGCCGCUCCCGACCCCGGUCUCCUCCACCAAGGAGGCGCUGUCGCUGCUCAACACGCUGCAGACGCAGCUCUUCGAGGCCGUCGCCGAGCUGCAGGAGACCCUCGACCUGCAGGACGCGCGCGCCCGGCUCGCCCGUGAGGCGCGCGCCAAGGACACCUCGAUCCUCGCCUUCACGAAGAAGCUGCGCGAGGCACACCAGGUGCUCGACCGACUCGUCGACGACUACGCCGACUACCGCCGCGACCCCAAGCGCCCACGCGGCGCAGCGGCCGCGGACGGCCCCGAGCCGGUGUCAGACGGCGACUUCGGCUCAUCGCUCCACUCCAAGCUCGAUCUGGACGACGUCCUGACGUACGCCCACCGCAUAAGCUACACGACCUUCGCGCCGCCUGAGCAUGGUGCUGGGCUACCUCUGCGUGGGGCGUUGCCGCCUGCUCCUCAGGAAAAUGAGAUGAGGAUGUCGCAGCUGUAUCAGUUUGCUGAUUUGGAUGUUGGGGUGCCCAAGAAAUCCCUGGAGGCAAAGGAGAGGACCGCAUCAGAGGGAGAGGCUACUCCACUCUUUGAGCCUACACCACCCCGGGAGGAGGCGAGGCCACACAUGAUGCCACAUAUGCUACCACCUAAUGUGCUGCCUGGGUGGCCGAACGGGCCACUCGAUAUUCCGUUGCCGCCGCCUGGAUGGAAACCUGGGGACCCGAUCACUCUACCACCGGAUGGCAUUCUGGCUGGUGUCAAGGGUGAGGAGCCACGGGCCAGUGUGCCACAGAUGUCUGUUGCUGUGCCAGCAAUGGUGCCGAAGGCCCAAGAACCAAUUCAAGUCCGGCAUGUUGAUCUUGACAUUAACAUUAGUUCUAGCAGUGAUGAGUACAGCAGCGAUGUUGGGAGCUCCGAAGAAGAUGAUGAGGAUUAGUUCUUUGGUAAGCUAUUUUGUCAUUCAUGUAUCGUCAUGCCGCUAUAGCCCAUGUAAUUGUAGGAACAAAUAAUGCGCUCAUACAUGAUUGUUCAAGAUCUUGCAGCACUAAACGGGUAUUGAAUAGAAUUUGAUGGCAUAACAUAUAUGUGCUGAUUAUUUGAACUAUCUCACCAGUCAUUUUGUUCCCAUAUAUGUAGUCAAGCAUGAUGGAUUCCAAUUAUCUCAAAGAUGUGCUGCUGUUGUACUUGGAAUCGUCAGACAUGUGGCUUACUUUAUGGAUUUUUAAACUUGAACAUCUCUUGUUAAUGUUUGAUGCCCUUCUUUAC